AUGACACUGACAGUGCCUCCCGCGUUGAGCCAGGGCUACGGCUAUGGCAUCAUCCUCGGCGUUGGCUUUGCCUUUGCCUUUUUCAUGAUCACCCUCACGCACAUCCUCAAGCGCUACAACAACGAGGUCGUCACCUCGGAAAUGUUCACCACGGCCGGCCGCACCAUGAAGUCGGGCCUGGUCGCCUCGGCCGUCGUCUCCUCGUGGACCUGGGCCGCGACGCUGCUCCAGAGCUCCGGCGUGUGCUACCGCUACGGCGUGUCGGGCCCCUUUUGGUACGCGUCGGGCGCGACGGUGCAGAUCCUGCUCUUCGCGACGCUCGCCAUCACGCUCAAGCGCCGCGCGCCCAACGCGCACACCUUUCUCGAGGCCGUCAAGGCGCGCUACGGCACCGCCACGCACUUUGUCUUCAUCCUGUACGGCGUCAUGACCAACGUGCUCGUCUCGCUGAUGCUGAUUGCCGGCGGCGCCGCCACCAUCAACGCCCUCACCGGCGUGAGCGCCGUCGCCGCCAUCUUCCUCAUGCCCAUCCCCGUCGUCGCCUACACCUUCAUCGGCGGCCUCAAGGCCACCUUUAUCACCGACUACAUCCACGGCCUGGUCGUGCUCAUCAUCAUCAUCAUGUUCUCGCUGACGGCGUACGCCACCUCGGACAUCCUCGGCAGCCCGUCCAUCGUCUACGACCUGCUCGUCAAGGCGGCCGAGGCGCACCCCGUCGCCGGCAACCAGGGCGGCAGCUACCUGACGAUGCGCUCCUCGGGCGGCGUCACCUUCUUCAUCAUCAACAUUGUCGGCAACUUUGGCACCGUCUUCCUCGACAACGGGUACUUCAACAAGGCCAUUGCCGCCCACCCGGCGCACGCCCUGCCGGGGUACAUCAUCGGCGGGCUCGCGUGGCUGCCCAUCCCGCUCGUGACGGCCACGACCAUGGGUCUUGCCGCGCUGGCGCUCGAGUCGAGCCCGCGCUUCCCCACCUUCCCGAGCCGCAUGAGCGAGGCGGACGUGUCGGCCGGUCUGGCGCUCCCGUAUGCCGCCGUGGCGCUGCUGGGCAAGGGCGGCGCCGCCGCGACGCUCGUCAUGAUCUUUCUGGCCGUGACGUCGUCCUUCAACUCGGAGCUGGUCGCCACGUCGUCCAUCUUCACCUACGACAUCUACCGCACCUAUUUCCGCCCCAACGCCGGCGGCAGGAGCCUGAUUUGGAUCUCGCACAUGUGCAUGGUCGUCUAUGCGACCAUCAUCUGCUGCAUCUCGGUCGGCCUCUGGUUCAACGGCAUCUCGAUGGGCUACUUGUACCUACUCAUGGGCGUCCUCAUCUCGGCGGCCGUCAUCCCGGCCACGCUGACCCUGCUCUGGGAUGGCCAGAACAAGAUGGCGGCCCUGCUGUCCCCCAUCUUUGGCACCGCCUGUGCCAUUACGGCCUGGCUGGUCACGGCGAAGAAGUCGUGCGGCGCUCUCACAAUCGAGUGCACCGGCUCCAACACCCCGAUGCUGGCGGGCAACGUCACUGCCUUGUUUGCGCCCCUGGUCAUGAUUUCACUCUGCGCCGUCGUCUUUGGCUUUGACAAGUACAACUGGAAGUCGAUGGGUCUCAUUCGACAGGCCGACGAUCACGAGCUCAUUGCAAGCUCUGGUCUGAGCGAAGAGGCACAAAGAGAGGUCGAACGCCGCGCGGUCAACCAGGAAGAGGAAGAGGCACAGUUGUCACGCGCAUUCAAAACCUCAGUCACCGGCACUGCCAUUCUCGCGGUUUCGCUCCUGGUCCUCUGGCCAAUGCCAAUGUACGGGUCGCGGUACAUCUUUUCAAAGUCCUUCUUCACGGGCUGGGUGGCUGUCGGUAUUGCUUGGAUUUUCCUAUCGCUGUUUGCCGUCGGUAUCUACCCGCUAUGGGAGAGCAGAGAGACGCUGAUCAAGGUGACGACCAUGAUGUUGCGUGGAGGCCGUCUGCCAAAGCGGCAAGUCAUCGAUGGCGAAGCAGUCAAGGCGGAGGAGACGAGUGGAUCUGCGACGCCUCGGGAUAUGGAGGAGGAGUCGAAAAAGUAG